AUGGGACGAAAGAAGUUUCGAGGAGGCCGCAAAGGCGGAUCCAAUCGCGGGGAUGGUCCCGCGCCGUAUCGAGCGUAUGGCGAAAUUGUGAAGCAAAACAAGAACCUGGAAAAUUUCUACAACACUGCGCUGCCCUUUGACGAGGCGGAGAGGGAUCAAUUCUGGGAUGCGCUCAAGAGAGAACUUCCUAAUUCAUUCCGUUUCUGCGGUUCAAAAGGCCAUGCGCUCGCCGUCAAGCGACUUCUAGAAACGAGAUAUGUUCCCGAGAUCACUAAAAUCGAGCGAUACGAUGGCGAACCUGUACAGCCUCCCGAGCCCGUCCCUUGGUACCCUGACCAACUCGCAUACUCAAUGAACACUCCGAAACACGUCAUUCGCAAGUUCCCACCAUUCGCUGCCUUUCAGAAGUUUUUAGUUUCCGAGACGAGCGUCGGCAACAUUAGCAGACAAGAGGUCGUUAGCAUGAUUCCGCCUCUGCUAAUGGACCUUGAGCCCGGAAUGAAGGUUCUGGACUUGUGCGCAGCUCCUGGUAGCAAAGCCGCUCAAUUGCUUGAGAUGGUUCACACUGGCGAAGAGGCUAGAAUUCGCAAGUUCAAGGAGUCAUUCGGUGAGACCAAGUCGCAGGAGACUGGUGAAGAGGGUGUAGACCUUUCGGUAGAUGCCGGUGAUGACGGCCGCGCAACUGGUCUACUUAUUGCGAACGAUGCGGAUUACAAGAGAAGCCACAUGCUUGUUCACCAGCUCAAGCGACUUUCUUCUCCGAAUAUGCUUGUCACAAACCACGAUGCGACUCUUUACCCUGCUAUCAAACUACCACGACACCCGGACAACCCCGAUAAGGGUCAAUACCUGAGAUUUGACAGGAUACUUGCAGACGUACCUUGUUCGGGAGAUGGAACUCUGAGGAAGAACGUUAACCUGUGGAGAGACUGGCAAGCUGGAAAUGCGCUAGGACUACACAUUACUCAAGUGCGUAUUUUGGUUCGUGCCCUUCAAAUGCUGAAGGUCGGUGGCAGGGUUGUCUACUCGACUUGCAGUAUGAACCCCGUUGAAAACGAAGCAGUCGUCGUAUCCGCAAUUGAACGAUGUGGCGGACCUAACAAGAUUGGAAUUAUCGACUGCAAGGAUCGACUUUCGUCAUUGAAGCGAAGCCCCGGAAUGCAUCAAUGGCAGAUUAUGGACAAAUCUGGCCGUAUUUGGAGUAGUUGGGGAGAAGUCCAGCAAUUUGCUCUGACGAACGAAGGACAAAUGCCCGGGAAGGUCUCAGAAACAAUGUUUGCCAGACCGGAUACUAACGAUUGUUCCGCGCUACCCUUGGAUCGAUGCAUGCGAGUCUACGCUCACCAGCAAGAUACGGGCGGAUUUUUCAUUACCGUACUUGAGAAAAAGGACGAGUUUAAGGCCAAGCCAGAGGCGAAAACUCAAGCUUCUACUACUACUGUUGUUAACUCAAACGGUGCCGACAAGGCGGAGGUAGAGGCUAAAAUAGAGAUUGAGGAGGAGAAAGCCGCGUUGGGUGAGCCAACUGAUGUCCUUCCGACCGUAGGAGCCAAGAGGACCUUAGAUGACGAGGAGGCAGAGAGUAAAUCAGACGUCAAGAAGCAGAGGACCGCAACCCCACCCAGCCAAAGGCCCGAGACCCAACCCGAAGUUACCACUGAAACCGAGCAAGCACCACAAGAGCCUGAGGUAGUGGAAGUCAAUCCGGAAGCCGAACCUAAACCUAAGAAUAAUGCUCAGCCUGAUCGACGAGUUAAGCAAUCGGACGGCAACUAUGAAGAACCCUUCAAAUAUCUAUCACCCGAUCACCCUGUUAUCCAAGACAUACAAAAAUUCUACAAAAUCUCAUCUCGCUUUCCUGCAGACCGUUUCAUGGUACGAAACGCUACAGGCGAACCGGCCAAAGCUAUCUACUAUACAAGUGCUCUCCUUAGAGACAUUCUUGUCGAGAAUGAGGGCCGUGGUGUCAAGUUCGUGCACGGAGGCGUUAAGAUGUUUAUGAAGCAGGAUGCACCGUCGGCCGAGGUUUGCAGGUGGCGAAUACAAUCAGAAGGCAUGCCUAUCAUUGAGGGAUACGUCGGUCCGGAACGAGUCGUCCGAUUGACUAAUAAGGAGACCUUCCACAAACUCCUAAAGGAGAUGUUCCCCAAGUUCAUCGACGAUGACUGGAAGAAGCUCAACGAAAUCGGUGAGCGAGCUAGGGAGAUUGGCAUGGGUUGUUGUCUCCUUGUCGUUGAGCCGGAUGGAAGCGACCCGGAUUUCUCCGAACGCAUGGUGCUCCCGUUGUGGAAGAGCUUCCAUUCACUAAACCUUAUGCUACCAAAGGAGGAUCGUGCUGCGAUGCUUCUUCGUGUCUUCAAUGACACCUCGCCAGUCAUUAACAGGACGUUAAAGGAGUCAGCGAAACAGGAAGCCGAGGCCGCCGCUGCGGAUGCUGAGACCAAGGAUGAGGUAUUAGAUGAUGCUGCCACCAUUGAUGAAACUAAUGGGGAGAAUCGAACAUCUGAACAUGCUGGUAAUGGAGAUGUAAAUAUGGGUGGUGCGGAAGUCGAACCAGAAACGACCGCUAAUUAG